ACUUCCAAGCACAACCUAGUGCUCCUUAAUGGUUUGCCUGAACUGGAACCGCCCUGCCCGCCAAUGACUGCAAGAAGCUUGAACAGGUGCCGCAGCUUCAGGCUCUACUCUCACCAUGAUCGAGUUGAGCGAAUAUCAGAUUUUUCCGCCACCCGCUAGGAAAACCCUGCUCCCAUCUGAACCGCCAAACUGAGUUUCGGCACCCCGGACGUACAACUCAACUCUCAGCAUUCUGGUCUGGAAUGCUUCCAUCUCAAUUACAAGGCUACGGAUCUCGCUUGCUCUCUGUGCGACUGAGGCCUAGAAGAGCAAGAGAGCAAGAAGUACCUCUUCCAAUACCCGACUUCAGCAACCGUUCGUCAGCCACGGACUUUAUUGAAGAGCAUACACGAGGCUCACAUACGUACUGCAGGCUUGGCGAAGCCAGUCAUGUCACCGCUGGCGAUGGGGAACAUAUGCAGUGCGGUACCGGAGUUCGUAUGCAUAGGUGCAGCUGCAGCCGCGGAGUCCGCAAAUUGGGCCGCAACUGCCUCAGAGCCUUCAGCCUUGCAUCCUUCACACUUGUUGGUCUCCGACCUUGCGGGUCACUGAGAAACACAGCUGUGAACAAGUUUCGCGAAACCCCUCAUGCCAGUAUCAUUCAGAAUGCGAUCAACUAGUCGGCUCUUCCAAAGGUAGCAGGGGCACACCGCUCCCGUAGGCACAUGAAGCGCCGAACUGUAAGUUUCGCUUGCUUUGGCAACGUUCCAGAACAA